AUGAUGAUGACAUAUGGGAGGCGAACUCCCCAGUACGAUGAUGCAGAAAUGAGAGAAUAUCUCGAGAUUCUAAGUACGCACAGCCUUGAAAAGACCACGGGCAUAAUCCAGUCCACCGCUGCAAAUGUUCCCGAUGCCUAUCCAAUUUUUCGCAAGCUCCCCAGGUGGCUGCUACCCGGUGUGAAGAUGGCCGUGGAGCAUACAAAGAGGGAAGAAGCAUUCUAUCUCCGACUAUGGAACGAGGUCAAGAUGAAGCUGGACGAGGGGACCCAGAAACCGUGCUUCACGGUCCAGAUGUUGCGGGAGCAGGAGAAGGAGGGAUUCGACGACCGAUUUGGCGCGUACAUCUCGGGUGGUUCGCUGGAAGCAGGCACCGACACGACCUCCAACACCAUCUUGGCCUUUAUCCAAGCGAUGCUGCUCUUCCCUGAUGUUCAGAAGAAGGCUCACGCCGAGAUAGAUCGUGUCCUUGGAGACCGUCUGCCGUCCAUGUCCGACUGGGCGAACCUGCCGUACGUCAGGGGAUGUGUGAAAGAGACGCUCCGGUGGUCGCCUACCACAACGCUCAUCGUCCCGCACGCGACGUUUUCUGAUGAAAUAUAUAAUGGGUAUCGGAUUCCGCGGGCCGCGGAAAUUGUCGUCAACGCCUGGGCCGUCAACAACAACCCGAACAUCUACGACGACCCUCGACGCUUCGAUCCCGCACGGUUCAUCAACGAUGCUCAGUCGUCCUUCGAGGCCUCCCAGAACCCCGACGUGACCAAGCGUGACCAUUUCACCUUUGGCGCGGGACGGCGCAUCUGCGCAGGCAUUCAUCUCGCCGACGUCACCAUUUUCCUGGCCAUUUCGCGACUUCUGUGGGGAUUCGACAUUACUCCUGCGCCAGGGCAGACGUCCCUGCCGGACCCUUUGCUGAGGACCGCAGGCCUGGUCUCGAUGCCGCUGCCGUUCCCCGCGAGGUUUGAACCGAGAUCGCCUGCCAAGGCAGACAAGAUCAAGCAGAUGUGGAACGAGGCAAGACAGCUCCUGGAUAACGAGAUGCAAUGGCGCGAGAUUCCCGAGACGUUGAAGUUUCACCUGUAA